GCCCGUACACGCGUUCAACGAUGAGCACGUCGCACCUCCCCCCGCCCCGCUGACCCCGCAGGAUGUGGACAGAACUCGCCCACAUCGUCCGCCACGCCUCCGCUGACCCCGCCAUACGCGUCCUCGUCCUCAGCUCCACCUCGGACGCCGCCUUCACCGCCGGCCUGGACCUCAACUCCCAGUCCCUCCUCGCCGCCCCUGCCGCCGACCCCGCCCGCAAGGCCCUCGCCCUCCACGCCCACCUCCGUGCCUUCCAGGCAGCCGUCUCCUCCCUCUCCGCCUGCCGCCAGCCCGUCAUCUGCGCCCUCCACGGCUUCGCCCUCGGCCUCGCCAUAGACAUUGCAGCCGCAUGCGAUAUCCGUCUGUGCGCGUCCGACACCCAGUUUGGCGUGUCCGAGGUCAACGUCGGCCUCGCCGCGGAUAUCGGCUCCCUGCAGCGCCUGCCCAAGGUCACCGGCAACGACAGUAAAGUCAGGGAACUCGCUCUCACGGGACGAGCCUUUGGUCCCAGAGAGGCAGAGCAAAUGGGCUUUGUCAGCGAGGUCGUCGACGGUGGCAGGGCCCAAGUCGUUGCCGUCGCCAUCGAAAAGGCCAAGGUUAUCGCCUCGAGGAGCCCAAUCGCUGUCAUCAGCACAAAACAUGUACUGAAUCAUGCGCGCGACCAUACCGUCGAACAAGGUCUGCAGUACGUCGCUGCAUGGAACAUGUCCAUGCUCCAAUCAAGCGAUACCGCCAAAGCCAUGUCGGCCACAAGGAACAAGGAGUCUGUCACGUUCCCAGGUUUCAGCGACGCAAAGCUCUAAUUCAAUCACUCGCUUAAUCUUGUCUGUACUGUAUGUCAUGUAGGAAUGUAAUGAAUCGAAAAAUGCAUCGUGUCCUUGACC